AUGACACAAGCAGAAUCUUCAGGCGAUUCGAUCCGGCAUUUGCCAUGGCUUAUCUGGGCGGUGGUCAUUUUUGGCUCCAUAUCCUCCGCUGGGUUUGGUUUCGACCAAGCCUGGUGGGCAAGCCUGAUGAGCUCUUCUCAGUUUGUUCAAAAUUUCGGCGUCCUUGAUCCCGCCACGCAUACAUGGGCCCUGACCUCUCAACAGCAGUCACUGGGGACCGGGCUUGGCUAUGUUGGAGUUAUCCUCGGAAUUUUCUGCGGCUCGCCCAUUAAUGAACGACUUGGGAGAAAGAAUACCCUUUGGAUUCAGAGUGCCAUUGUCACAAUUGGCAUUGUUAUCGAGUCUACUUCCAAAACAAGCUACGCACAAUUCAUCGUCGGCAAGCUCAUCGUCUACCUGGGCGGAGGCAUUGCCACCAGCGUCAUCCCUGCUUACCAGGGAGAGUGCGCUCCGGUGUCCUUGCGCGGCUUGAUGUCCGGCACAUACAACGCUUUCCUCAUGGUCGGUGGUCUCGCCGCCGCUCUGACUGUGUAUCUGUGCCGGCAUAUCCCUAGCGACUGGGCGUGGCGUGUGGUAGUGGUCGCUCAGAUUGCCAUUCCCGCCGCUGGCUGGGUCAGUCUGCCCUUCUUGCCAGAGUCACCUCACUGGCUUGUAUCUCGCGGACGACUCGACGAGGCAGUCGUAGCCCUUCGUCGCCUACGAGGACUAUCCUUCCCAGCAGAGGCUGAGGUAGUCGCCUUGCAACAGCAUUUACAGAGGCAGCGUGAACGACUUGCCAGCGCAACAUGGACUGUUUGCUUCACGGAUCCAGUUAAUCGGCGUCGCACACUGAUUUGUGUGGGUGCCCAGAUUUUCCAGCAGGCACAGGGGAUCUCAUUUGUCGCGAACUACCAAGCUGUAUUCCUCCAGCAGAUAGGAUUCAAGGAAGUUCUCCUGAUGUCUGUGGUGGUAUACGUUAUUGGCGUCGUGGCGAACCUCAUUUCCAUCGCCACGACCGAUAUUCUUGGCCGACGGAGUGUGUUAACUUGUUCUGCUCUUAUGUUAGGAGCCUGUAUGCUCGUUAUCGGCGGCCUGACUGUCAAUGGGGCUGCCAGCAUGUCGUACACAAUGCAAGUUACAGCUGUGGUGAUGUUGAUGCUAUGGUUCCUUUCGUUCCAGGUCACUUGGGGACCAUUGACCUGGGUCCUGACAGCCGAGGUGCCGCCCAGCCAGGUGAGAGAGAAGACAGUUGCGCUAUCUGGUCUGGGAGCCUAUAUCACUGGCUUGAUCAUUGUGUUCGUCAAUCCUUACACCCAAGCGGAAAUUGGUGGUCGAGUUGCAUUCAUCUACGGGGCUCUCUCGAUUGCAUCGUUUGCUUUUGCCUGGUUUUUCAUCCCGGAGAUGAAACAACGUACAUUAGAGCAAAUCGACCAAAUGUUCCAGGAUGGAAUUGCAACUCGGUCAUUCAAGUCCCAUGUCUGUCGAUCCCUUGGGGAGCCUGUUGUCGAUAAAGAGUUGGAAGAGUUUGUGGAAAAUGCCUGA